GUUGCUAGGACAUCUUUUAAAUUUGUCAGUUGAAGCUCGUUCGGAAUUCUAUAACACCAGCCAGUAGUUUCGGUUUUCAGAUUGUCUUCAACUUGUGCUCGUUUUAUUGCUAUCUGUUGUCGGUUGUUUCCAUUAAUAAAUUUGAGUUUAUUCUUAGUGGUCACCAAGUAAUUGGUUCAUUUUUCUCUUAUCCUUCUGUUUUAGAUUUCCUCGUACCAUCUAUCAGAACCCAACUUAAUUCCAAGCUAAAAGCUAAUUUCUGUUGCAACUCUUACCAUUUUAUCGAACUUCAUAGUACACAAUUCAGAUGGCAGAAUUGCAUUGCUUUGGUCAAAUUUUGUGUGCUUAUGGGUUCCCUCAGAAAGAUUUAUUCUGCAAAUGGGGUCUUAAAGCUGGUUGUGCAUGGAGGUUACUUGAAGGUCUAGCUGAAGGAGAGACACAAGUUGACUGCCCAUUGGUUGGCGAGAAAGCAUACUUUUGCCAUCCAAUCGACCUUCAUUUCGCUACAAAAGGUUUACAAGGUUGGCCCAAGCUUCAUUUUCAGGUUUGGCAUCACGAUUGGGUUGGUAAAAACGAGCUCUUUGGGUACGGUUUCUGUCACAUUCCAACAUCUCCUGGAAAUCAUCAGGUAACGGUUCCUACAUGGAGACCAGUAGGUUCUAUUUUGGACACUUUAGUGUCAAGGCUGGUCGGUGGUGGUCCACGUCUUCGCAGACCAGAUAUUGUCUACGAUCCAACUGAUAGAUUUUUGCUCCAAACAGAAAGUAUGGGUUACAUAACACUCGAUUUGAAUGUCGUAACGAGAAAUUUUGAUAAGUUUGGUGUGGAAAUGUAAAUCAUUUUUUAUGUUUUUGAAAGUUUCCAAAACAAAACGUCAUCUACAUCAUACCGACUUUGAACGUAUUUAUUUUGAUAUUUCAUCAAAUGUUUGUGUAAAUAACCCUUUAAAGCAGGAAAUAAAAGCAACAUUAGUAA